UUGUUGUGACGUACAUUUGAUGUGUCGUAGUUCUGUGUCAACAUGGCUGCACGCGCUGGAGACAAGCGUGGUCUGGAGCAUUUAGAUGAAUAUGAACCAAAACCGGCCAAACAGCAAAAAAGUCUGCACGAUCAGAUGACGGAAAAGCGUCUUGUUGUUGUUUUAGAAGGAGCGACGCUUGAAACCGUAAAGGUUGGAAAGACAUUCGAGUUGCUGAACUGUGAUCAGCAUAAGAGUAUGAUAAUAAAGAAUGGAAGAGACCCUGGAAAGAUUCGCCCCGAUAUCACGCAUCAGUGCCUGCUGAUGUUAUUGGACAGUCCUUUGAACAGAGCUGGACUGCUGCAAGUGUACAUUCACACAGAGCAGAACGUUUUGAUCGAGAUCAACCCACAGACAAGAAUUCCUCGCACCUUUGCACGAUUUUGUGGACUCAUGGUCCAGCUCCUGCACAAGAUGAGUGUGAGAGCAGCUGAUGGCUCUCAACGUUUGUUGAAGCUCAUUAGAAAUCCAGUGUCUGACCACCUGCCACCUGGAUGCCCCCGAUUUUCCACAUCGUUCAAAGCAGGAGAUGCUGUAUGUCCCAGAACAAUCGUCCCUAAAGAUGGACCUGCCGCUAUUGUUAUUGGAGCGUUUGCACAUGGAACAGUGAAUGCCGACUACACAGAGAAGACGGUGUCCAUCAGUAACUAUCCUUUAUCUGCAGCUCUGACCUGUGCCAAGAUGUGUUCGGCGUUUGAGGAGGUCUGGGGAGUGUUAUGACAAAACCAAACUGUUAUGAACUGUCAUGUUUAUGCCUGAUUGAGGAACAGACCUUUGGAUUGCGUUCUGUGUGUAUGCGUUUCAUUCCUUUGAGCAAAAAUUGUUAUGUGACGUCACAACAGAGGAGAACAUUUCAUGUCAAAAUUGUAACAAUUUUAACACACACUGAAGCAAACCGUUAUACUCUUUAAAAUGUGGAGUAUUAAACUUAAAUGUCUUUUUGUAUAAGUUUAUACAUUAGUAAUAAACCCAGAUUUGCAUUUAAAUCUAUUCCUGAAAUGUAAAACAACACUUUUUCUCCUUACAAUAAACAAUAAGAACUGGUUUUAUUCAGCACUAUACUAA